GAUUCGUCCUGGGAGCGAACCGGAUACAUGCGCUUCUCUGUGCCUACGAUUCCACUGGUUGUUUCCGGCCCUACUCUGCCAAGGUUCUCUGUUAACGAAGCGAUCGAACGUGUAUCCGCAUUCCUGUCUCAUGGAAACGUGACUGUGCUCACGGGGGCCGGUGUGUCUGUAGACAGCGGGAUCAGGGCAUACAGAGGCAGCGAUGGACGGUACAUGAAUCCAAACUACAAACCUAUUUUCUAUCACCAGCUCGUCGAUCAGACUGAUUCCGGGCACACCUUCCGGCAACGGUACUGGCUGCGUUCCUACCUCGGAUACCCGUCGGUGCGACGCGCACUGCCCAAUCCGACCCAUCUCGGGCUGGCGGCUUUGCAGCACACGAACGUCGCGCCGAGAAUCAUCACACAGAAUGUUGAUGGUCUCCACCAUCGUGCCCUGGAUCUGUCUCCUGAGAUCAAGGACAGUCGCAUCCUGGAGCUUCACGGAAGCCUGCACCACGUACACUGCAAGCAUGGGCACACCGUUGAUCGUGUCACAUUCCAAGACUGGCUAUCAGUUGCGAAUCCCCGGUGGAAGGCAUUCGCCGAGGAAACAGAGCGGACAGGCGAGCGCUUACGAACGAAUCCGGACGGAGAUGUCGCCAUUGAGCAUCUGGGGCAAGUUUACCGUGAUUUUGUGGUCCCCGAAUGCCCUGAAUGCCAGGCGGAAGGUCGUGCCAACAGCAUCCAUAAACCAGAGAUCGUCUUUUUUGGAGAGUCGAUUCCGGGCCCAAUAAGAGACCAGUCAUUUCACGAUGUCGAGAAAGGCGGUCGGCUGCUUAUCGUGGGAACGACAUUAGCGACUUAUUCCGCCUUCCGGUAUGUGAGAUUCAGAUGCUCCCUGUCCCGACUCUUCCCGAUAGCACAUGAACAGGCUGCUGAAACACGCUGUUGAU